AUGAGGCCUACUCCUCACAAGAUUGACAUGAGUAAAGCUUAUGAUCGGGUGGAAUGGAGUUUUCUGGAGGCCCUAAUGAAAGGAAUGGGUUUUGCCCCACGCUGGGUCCAAUUAAUCAUGGAGUGCGUGACGACGGUUUCGUACUCUUUCAUGUUGAAUGGAAAUCCAGUUGGUUAUGUAAUCCCACAGAGAGGACUGAGACAAGGUGACCCUCUUUCACCAUAUUUAUUCUUACUAUGCGCUGAGGCUUUCUCAAGUCUUAUUUUGCAGGCGGAACGAUGUGGUUUCCUCCAUGGAGUGAAUCUAUGCCGGGGGGGCACCAUCUGCCAGAAAAUAAAUUUGGAGAAGAGUUCUGUCUCCUUCAGUAAUAAUAUGCACUGUACUGAUCAAGACAACCUAGCGGCAAUUCUGGGUGUUAGAAGGGUUGACCAGCAUGAUGUUUACUUGGGGUUGCCCACUCAUGUGGGUAGAUCCAGAAGGCAAUGUUUUAAUUCUCUCAAGGAGCGCAUUUGGAAGAAAGUACAAGGUUGGAAGGCCAAACUGUUAAGCUUUGCUGGGAAAGAAAUUCUCCUUAAAGUGGUGGCACAAGCUGUGCCUAUUUAUAUGAUGAAUUGCUUCCUCAUCCCGAAAUGUCUUUGCGAUGAAAUUCAACAAGUGAUGGCACGUUACUGGUGGGGUGAGCAAGAUGGGCACCGAAAAAUACAUUGGCUCCGCUGGAGUAAAUUAUGCUUGCCCAAACAGGAGGGUGGGCUUGGUUUUCGUAACUUAUAUGCCUUUAAUAUGGCGCUCUUGGCCAAACAAUUAUGGCGCUUGAUUCAGACCCCAACCUCUCUAGUGGCUCGCGUUAUGAAAGCCCGUUACUUCAAGAACUGCUCUAUUUUAGAGGCACAACUUGGACAUUCCUCCUCCUACAUUUGGCAAAGCUUAUGCAAAGCACGUGUGAUUAUUGAACAGGGAACUCGUUGGCGAAUCGGGAAUGGCAAUAGUGUGCGUAUAUGGGGAGACCGAUGGCUUCCUAGCUCUGAAUCUUUCCAAAUCUCCUCCGCACAAGCACAGGGGUUUGAGGAGGCAAAAGUGAGUUUUCUCAUUGAUCCAAUCACUAUGCAGUGGAGGGAGGACCUUUUGCAAGCUUGGUUCUCGGCCGAGGAAGUGAGGUGCAUUCGAAACAUUCCGUUAAGCUUUAGAGACCCACCAGACGCUUUGAUUUGGCAUUUUGAGAGAGGUGGUCAGUACACAGUGCGGACCGGGCAUGAAGUUGCUCGUCGGGUUCUGCUCCAGCAAGACGAGGACGACACUACCACAAAUGGGGGACCAAUUGUAGCUUUUGACCAUGUCUGGAAGAAGAUCUGGAAAGUUCGGGUGCCACCAAAGGUCCGUAUUUUCAUCUGGCGCGCACUCUUGAAUAUUUUACCUACCAAGGAUAAUUUGGGUCACCGUGGCAUCUCUGAAUUGGGAGGAUGUGUGUUUUGUGGAGCUGAUGAAACGGUGGUCCAUGUGCUUCUCCAAUGCCCCAUGGCUAUUGCUUCUUGGUCUCUAUUUCCGGCCUGGGCUCACCUUAAUACUGAUUCCACAGAGGAGUUCAAGAUGUGGUUCCAUGGAUUUGCUGCGGAUCACCCCACUCAUGAGCUAGAGAAAGUCAUGGUGUGCAUGUGGAUGCUGUGGUUUGAGAGGAAUCAAAUGAUCUGGACAGGACGUCAUCGGAGUUCAACAGAAGUUGUGAGUGGAGCAAUGUACUGUCUGCAGGAGUUUCAGGAGUUACACCCCCCUCCCAAGAAACAUAUUUCACGUGCCAAAGCCAAAUGGCUACGGCCACCGACUGGAGCUAUUAAAAUAAAUGUGAGUGGAAUGUUUCAUGUUGAAUCCAGCUUUGGUGGGGUUGGUUUGGUGGUCCGAAAUUAUACAGGUGCUUUUCUUGCAUGCAAGUUGGUUGUGCUACGUGGAGUAUCAAAUCCCAUGCAUGCCAAGCUAGUUGCAUUAAGAGAAGGCUUAAUCUAUGCUGCCAAAUGGUCCAACUUGGACUGUCAUAUAGAAGGGGAUUCUCAAGGCGCUCUACACUCAGUACAACAGGGCCAAGCUGAUCUGUCCCACCUUGGUUGCCUAAUAGAGGAUUGUAAAACACUUUUGGCCAAACAAGAGCGUGUCUAUUUGAGGUUUACAGAGAGGAAGGCUAAUGGGGUUGCAACUCGCCUGGCACACUAUGCUCUACACUCCCAGGAAGCAGCAGAAUGGGUUACUGAUCCUCCAGUUUUCCUACAGGAUGUUCUGUUUUCUGAUGUUAUGUAA